GUGGUCGCCAUCUACAUGACUUUGAAAUGUCAUAGCCAUUUUUCUACGUUAUUCACCUACAACAAAACAAAACAAAAGAAAAAUCCGUUUGUUACCGAUGCCGGGGCAUUGACAGGUGAAUAUCACUUUGAAUGCCCAAACCCCCGGAGUGAGCGCCCGUAGCAAUCCUGGCACGUUAUUUUUUUUCGAGUUAUAAGAGAAAUAACGGAAUGGGAGAGACCGAAGAUAUUGACAACAAGCCAGUGAAUAAUAAUCAUUUUGAUAACUCCACUGAUGACGUUGUUUACCAUGCUGUGUACAUCCCAAGAGAACCAGAAACUGAUGCACAAGGUAAAGUCCACGUGUACACCGACAAACAGGCGGCACUGGAUGUCAUCAAGGCCUCUCGUACUGGUCGCCUAAAGACCUUCAAGUCAAGGUCAGCAGCUGAGAAUUAUGCUAACCAUGGCUUUGAGGAGACAGUGCUCAACAAAGGCCCAAAAACUCAGUCAGUCACUACUGAGGAAAAAACUAGUUCGCUCAGAGCCCCCAGGUCCCAAGAACUGGUGGCCUUCAGGAAGCACAUAGAGAGAGGAGAGUUAGAUACUGUGAUGCAGAUGGCUUGGGAGAACCCUAGGUAUCUCAUUUCCUCCGGUGAUACUCCAGCUAUUCUUCAGGAAGGUCCUAGAUACAAUGCCUUGCACAUAGCAUCCUCCAAGACCCAAGACGCCCAGAUGUGCAAGGCACUUUUACUAAUCGUAUCAGAUCCAAAAUUUGUGGAGUUACUCUACGGUAAAGGCUGCAAAUCGAGCUGCGAAACAACAGCAAAAAUCCUUUUAGAUUUAUAUUUGAACACCCCUGACAAGGGGUUGAACGAGACUCCCCUUCACUUUGCAUCGAAAUACGGUAAUAUUGAGGUGGUGAAGGUCCUCCUAUCAUACCCCGAGUGCCUAAAAACCAUGAAGAAUAAAUGGGGUCAGACUCCCAUCCAGGUAGUGUGCAGUAGAAAAGGUCAGGAUGAUGAAAAGUUAGCGCGUGAUAUACGAAUGCUUUUUGAGCACCAGUAUUAUGUGCCAGUAUGGAGGGCGGAAGACAAUUCUCUCCAGCCAACGAUAGGGAUGCCAUUCUCUCCAUCAAACCCACCAAGACUUCAGGUCGAUCCACUGUCCCCCAGACUAGAAGUGAAGGCAGUGGCUGGACCAAUGCCAAAGUCCCAGGCGAUGGAGUUCAGAAGAAAAUGGAAAACCCCACCGAGAAUGCCGAGGACUCCAACGAAAAUUAAUGAUCACAACGACUCCUUCACGCUCCUCAGUCCAAGGAGUAGAGAUCCAGGAGUCAGACUCCAAGACACCGAGAAGGGACUCGAAACAGUUGGGAGAGAGCUGGCACACAAGUUCCAAGUGAACUGGAGCGAGUGGUGGCCGUUUAUGAACGAAGCUGUAGAUCUGAGUUGCAUUGAGGGUCUGUCUAAGCUGGAGGAGUACUUCAGAAAGAACUUGGUGCCAGAUCAGGAGAACUUAAGAGUGGAGGGUGUGAAGAUAGAGAAGAUGUCGAUAAGAAAUGCAGGUAAAGCAAGGAGACGGUUAGCAUCUGAUUGUGAAGAUGAGGAGGAGCUUGGUAGUAAUGGAGUAUCGAAGGAGCUCGAUGACAUGGAGAUGUUGAUAAAGCAGAUGGAGAUGUGCUCCCUCAAUAGAUCCACCUCGACUGAUAUUAGCAGUGACUCCGAUUCGGAUGAAGUUUUCGGGACACCACCGGAAACAAUACACUCUGAGAGCGACAGUGAGGACUCUCGGGAUGAGUACAGUCUGGCUGAGGAGGAGGAUUCUGUCUGUGAUAUGUUUAUCGAUGGGAGAUUUCCUGGGAAAAAUGACAUCGAUGUCAUCAAUGCCAUUCCGGAAUGCAUCGAUGCUGAGAUUUUUCCACUGAUUUAUCGAUGGAAACACAAUGUCGAGCUCGCGAGGACGAGGAAUCAGUUGGUUAUCAGUACACCUAGAAGGAAAUUACUUCUUACUCCGGAGAAAUAAUCAAAAGGAUGAGAGGGGAAAGCCGGAAGCAUUGAGAUGUCUCGAGCUUUAAACUGAACUCAAAUAUGCCAAGUUUUUUCAUUCCUCAACAGUGAAAUAAUAUAUAUUUUUUUCGUAAUUUAAAAUAACUAUUGUAGCGCAUAGUCUACUUUUGAAAAGUGUUUUAUAAUAUUGGAGACGAGAAGUAUUUGAUUUGUUUUGAAUUUUUCCUCUGAAAAUUGCAUCAUGAGGAUUUAUGAACGGGAUAAUCCUUAAGAUCCAACGGGUUUAAUAUUUUUUCACUUCAAAAAGGAAGCCCAGUUAAUCGAAUUUUAGUUGAAGGUCAUUCUGGGAGUGUUGCCAUUUGAGAUUAAGAUUUUUAAAACUAAUUCUGUUUAUGCCUAAAAUUAUAAAAAAAAUUUAACGUGAGGAAUUGACAAUGGAUUUUCAGACGCUAAAUGUAAUAAUAAAAUGUCAUUUUCUUGAACCUGAUUUCAUUACAGGGAUACUCUCACAUGAAUCGUAUAAAUAUCAUACCAUUAAAAA